AAGUAGCCAUUUACCUUUAUAAAAUUAAAUUAAAAACUACUUGACGCAUCGAUCACUGUCUCUUCAUCUAAUGCUCCACCUUUUCUUCGAUUUCAUCUCCAAUCGAGCUAGCAAUUAAACAUGGCCCGAAAUUUCUUCGUCGGCGGCAACUGGAAAUGUAAUGGGACAUCUGAUGAAGUGAAGAAGAUCGUUACGACAUUGAAUGAAGCUGAAGUUCCUUCUGAGGAUGUUGUCGAGGUUGUUGUCAGUCCUCCAUUUGUGUUUCUCCCUCUGGUCAAAAGCUUAUUAAGAUCUGAUUUCCAUGUUGCUGCACAAAACUGUUGGGUCCGCAAAGGCGGUGCUUUCACUGGUGAAAUUAGUGCUGAGAUGCUUGUGAAUUUGCGUAUUCCUUGGGUCAUUCAUGGCCAUUCUGAAAGAAGAGCUCUUUUAAAUGAGUCAAAUGGCUUUGUCGGAGAUAAGGUUGCUUAUGCACUUUCACAAGGCUUGAAAGUGAUUGCUUGUAUCGGAGAGACUCUUGAGCAGCGAGAAUCAGGAUCUACAAUGGCUGUUGUUGCUGCACAAACAAAAGCUAUCGCAGACAAAGUAUCAAAUUGGCACAAUGUGGUAUUAGCGUAUGAGCCAGUUUGGGCCAUUGGUACAGGGAAGGUUGCAACCCCUGCUCAGGCUCAGGAAGUCCAUUCUGAGUUGAGGAAGUGGCUUAAAGACAAUGUUGGUACUGAAAUUGCUGCAUCAACUAGAAUUAUCUAUGGAGGUUCUGUUAAUGGAGCAAACUGCAAAGAGUUGGCAGCACAAGCAGAUGUUGAUGGAUUUUUGGUUGGUGGAGCUUCACUAAAGCCGGAGUUCAUUGAUAUCAUCAAGUCUGCCACGGUGAAGGGGAAUUGAAAUUAAAGACCUGUGUAUCUGGUACUGGCGGAGCUAUGCCUGCAGUUUUUUCUCCCUGAAUCCUUUGUGGAAGUACGAGGUGUAAACUUGCACUUUUGUAGCAUGUUUUCAUAAUGGUUGAGGUUAACCAACGUAUAUCAAGUAUAAUAAGCGAGGUUCCUGGAUCCUUUUUGACUUGAUUUGUGGAUUAUAUAAGUGGCUUUGAUUGAUAUUACAAGUCGAGGAUAAGUGUUUACUAGAA